AUGUUGUUCCUCAAUCUCUUACUCUCUUCUGCGGCAACUGCUGCAGCUCUGCCUACCUCGGUAACUUCUGAAGGCAAUCAGACACAGCCCUUCUCUCAGACCGGCCUAGCACCCUGGAACGCCGGCGCUGUGAAUCAAUAUCCCAUUCAUUCCAGCUGCAAUGCAACCCAACAUCGCCAGAUCGAAAUGGGUCUCUUGGAGACAAUGGCUCUGGCUCAACAUGCUAAAGAGCAUAUUCUGAGAUGGCGGAACGAGAGUUCAAUUUACAGAAAGUACUUUGGUGAUAGUCCCUCCAUGGAAGCCGUUGGCGCGUUUGAUAUCGUGAUCAACGGUGACAAGAAGGAUAUCUUGUUCCGAUGCGAUAACCCUGAUGGAAACUGUGGACUUGACGGUUGGGCCGGACACUGGCGAGGCGAAAAUGCCACCGACGAAACCGUCAUCUGCGACCUGAGUUAUGAAACCCGCCGCUCCCUCUCCACAAUGUGUGGCCUUGGAUAUACUGUCUCUGGAUCGGAAACCAAUACUUUCUGGGCGUCUGAUCUCUUGCACCGGUUGUACCAUGUUCCUGCCGUAGGACAGACCUGGAUCGACCACUUUGCGGAUGGUUAUGAGGAGGUUGUUGACCUGGCGAAAGAAAAUGCCACUUUGUCAACUCAUGACUCGGAGACUCUCCAGUACUUUGCAUUGGAGGUUUAUGCGUAUGACAUUGCCGCGCCGGGAGUCGGUUGCCCGGGUGUUCAGCAUGAGCAUGAAGAUCAUGGUGAUGAGACAGCUUCUGCGGCCGCAACUCCUUCUGCGACUGCCACUGACAAGCCUUCUACGACGUCUGAUGUUCCAGAGAAUUGUCAUACACACGAAGGUGGUGUUCUCCACUGCACCUAA